AUGUGUCUUGAUGAUCGGGAGGUGUACAGACACCCCGUCACAGAGUCAAACGAGGAGCCUUCUGUGGAGGAGGAUUGGGUGGAUAUCAUACCCCCGGGCGAGGAAGGCACGGUAUUGAGUGGUGAGGAUGAGCUCUGCAGAACGAUCUUCCUUGAAGAUGGGGUGAAAAGGAAACGUAGGGACAUUCGGUCGCGGAAGAAUUGGGUCGCCAUUCGCGAGAAGGAGUGGAGGGAGCAGCAAGAUGACCUGGUUGAAGGGUAUCUUGCUUGGAGAGCAGGUGACGUGGUGGAUGCACAACCUGAGCAUCGUGCAUGGCCACUUUGGGCUAUUGAUUUCUUUG